AUGAAUAUGUUGGAUGAUGAAGAUGACCAAAGCUUUCACGCUACGCGUGACGGCUACUCCCAUUUGAGCGAUGUCGAAUGGGAUGCGGUUGAACGAAUGGGUUCGACCAUGGGCAUCCAUGCUGUUAGCGUCAUGCUAGAGGCUCUCAAUAGAGAUGCCCAAAAUGCUACUAUCGCCAAGUUCAUUCAAAAUGAACUUGACGCAGAACGCGAGAAAGUAGCCUUGCUUCACCAACAAGGUUCUCAACAAGCAGAGUUGUUGAGAGAACAGGGUGCUCAACAGUUUGAACUGUUGAGACAGCAGCAGGCUGCUGCUGGUGGGUCGAUGCACUCGCGUCGACCCGAAACCUUGAAGAUUGACAUCUCAUAG